AUGCUCGCCGGAGACCAGAGUAUAACUAGAGAUCUCUCUUUAUCCCGAACCGAUUUCAAACCUUUCUUCAUCUCCUCCAGAUUUCAAGCUGGAAAGCAUUCUCUUCAUCUCCACCAGACCACCUCGCAGAAACCCCAUGAAACCUGCGACUCAUUUCUUAUGGUGUGCAUAAUAAUUCCGAGAAGUAGAUUGCAGGUGGUGAUUUGGUUAAGCCCUAUCAGACGAAAAUCGAAUAUGGCAGACUACCUCCCAUCUGAACUCAUCGUCAAAAUCCUGUCAAGGUUACCCUCAAAAUCGCUUCUCCGUUGCCGAUCAGUAUGCAAAUCAUGGAAAUCUCUCAUCUCUUCCCCCGAAUUCAUCCAGACUCAUCUUCACAACUUCAACCAACUAAACUCUCGCAAUAUUGUCCGUUGCUGUUUGCAGCCAGAGAACAGGGAAGCAUACACUGUCCAUCUCGAUGAUCAACAUCUUACUCUCGAUACUCCCAUUGAUUUCCCCUUCUCUCUUACGCCUGAUGAUUAUAAUUACGGAAACCCCUUUUUCACCAGGAUCGGGUGUUGCAACGGCGUUAUCUGCCUUUACAAUGCGGCAUCCACAAGAAAUGAAAUCCUUCUAUGGAAUCCUUCAAUUAGAAGGAAAGUAACCAUAACUCCUCCCGUUCAACCUUAUCGCAACUACAACCGAGAUCAUAUUUUCGUUUUCGGGUUUGGAUACUGUAACAUAUCUGAUGAUUAUAAGGUUGUUAGACUCGUUUGUGAUGGUAUUACCUUCUCAGAUAGACCCGAGGUUGAGAUUUACACUGUGAAAACUGCAACUUGGAAGACAAUCAUGUUUCCUCAAGAUUCACGUUUCUGCCGUAUCCUCGGUGAUCGUUCACAUGUGUUUUUGAAUGGAUGUGUUCAUUGGUUAGCAGGUGAUCGGGACAUUUCACAAUCCUCAAUCCUUACACUUGACAUAAGUACAGAGCUUUUUGGGGAGAUUCAGUUGCCUGAUUUUCAUGUGAAAUGUCCUUCAAUGCCUGUGACGAUAAGUGUUGUUGGAGAUUCUUUGGGUUUGAUUUAUUCAUUCCGACCUCUCUUUGUGUGUUCAAGCGAUUACAAGGUAUUGGUUAUGAAGGAGUACAAGAUACCCACGUCAUGGACAUUGAUAUAUGAAGUGCACUUUCCAGAUAUAGAUUUGGGGAGACCUUUGAAAUUGAGAAAUAAUGGGGAUUUGAUAACCAGAUCGAGUUCGUGCAAUCUAAUGAUUUAUAACAAGGAGGCAGGGUGCUAUAUAGUGGAUGGUUGUUGCAGAAAAGGUGAUGAAUUAUACUCAAUUUCUAUUGAUGGAUAUCAAGAAAGCCUAGCAUUGUUGGAUGUCGGGAGUGACUCAUAACCAUGAGUAAUUUCAUUGAUUUCUUUGUUAUAGAGUUAUAGUAUCCUAGUUGUAUUUCUUAGGAUCUAUCAUAAUAUCAUACUUUGAAAAACUAAUGAAUAUACAAUGUCAUCUAAAUACAAAUCUAAAUACGAAGCAGCUUUUACGGCUAUAAUUCAAGG